GCCUGAGGGCACUUGGCUUGCCAAUUGAUUGAAUCCUGUGACCAGGAACAACGUUUGCGUAUCCUUCCAGCCAUGAAGAGUAUACCAGCGGAGACGCCCAACGCGCCGACGCUUCUGCGCUACGCGGCAAUUUGCUUGCCGCUCUUUGGAGAGCAGUUUCUGUCAGCCAUGCCCUCAGCAGUGCUACCAGCCAUGCGGAUGGACGAGAGCCUCUCGUUGGAUGACGAAAUGAUCACGGCAGUGCUGGCCAGUGGCAUGUUGAUCAAUGGAUUGGGCAAGCUCUUUGGUGGUGUGCUCAUCGACAGGUAUGGCGCCCGGAGCUUCCUGUCGUGGUCCAUGCUGCUGAUGGCGGCGGCUGCCCUGGGCUUCGCGCUGGGCCGAGACCUCGCGGCGCCGCUGCUGGGCUUCGUCUUCCUGAAGCUCUGCGCCGCCGGAGGCUGGCUCUGUGCGUGCAAACUCAUGGAGCAACACUUCCCCCGCGAGACCUGGAGCUGGUGCUUCGCAGUGGUGGGCGUUGGCUCGCGCUGCGGCGCCGUGCUGGCCAGGUUGGGACUUGGGGCUCUGCUGAAGAAGCUGGCAUGGCGCCACGUGGCGAUCAUCACGGCAGCCUUUAUGCUGCUGCUUCGGUACGCGUGCCUUGCUGUGAUCCCGAGAGCAUCUACUCGGAAAGAGAGCCAAGAGGCUUCAGAGAUGUUGCCAUGGUGGAAGCGAGCCUGUGCAAUCCUGUGCAACACCAGCAUGCUGCUUUAUUUUGGAGUGAUGGCCGGGGCCACCUGCCUGGCCGCGAGUCUGGAUGACGACGUGGCGCUGAUCUUGCAGGAUGUCCUCCAGCUCGAUGAAGCGGACGCGAGUAUGGCCUCUGCUGUAUUCCCCGCUGGGCUGGUCAGCUCGCUGCUCUUGGCAGCUCCAGCUUACUCUUUCCUGGAGCGGCGGCGGUCCAAGUUCAUUCUGGAGCUGAGCCUGCAAGUUGUGCUGGUCCUCGUCUUGUAUUCCCUUCUUCAGCUUGUUCUGUCAGGCGUUCAGAAUAGGGCAUUCUAUGAGAUUGGCCUCUUCCUGAUUGCCUUUACAGUUGGGUUGACCUACUAUGUCACGCCGAACGCCUUCCCCUUGUCUUUUGGAGAGGAUUGCGCCUUUGCCAGUGCAGUGCUGGAUAUUGCUGGGCUGGUGGCCGCAUUCCUCUUCCACACCACCAGCAGCAAAAUCUUCGGCUCAGGUGGCAGCUGGCACCAUGUGUUGGGGAUACUUCUCGGCUUUGCCCUGCUGCAACUGCUGUGCACUGCAGUGCUGUUCCUCUUCCCGCGCUUGACGCCGCAUCUGAGCGCUGAGGCCGAUCGGCGGCCCAGUCACUCGGAGUUCGAGGGCGUGACGUCGCAGAUCAUUGGUAAGAGAGAGGAGCAGUGAGACCGACUUUCCACAGGCGAAAAAAUGCAUCACCUUUGAACUUGUGAAGUCACUGAUUGUGAGCACGUUCAUUGGACAGUACUUCACAGACAAAAGUGUCUGGAUGUGGCCCACGUUGAGAAGCUUGCUCGGCCAAUUGUCUUGUGACAAGAUCUGAGCACCCAUUCCGGGCUGCCCAACAAGAGGCAGCUCGAGGGUGCGACCUUAUCCCACCAGGUAGGUGUCACAUGAAUGUAGCAAGCUGUGCCAGGCAAGAGCUCGCCAAAUGGCAACCAAAGAUGUUGCACUCGGCGCUUGAACUCUAGCCCGCGGUGAAAC